UCUCAUAUCUCUCAUGCACACAUGGGUUGAUCAUUCACCCGGCCCUCAGCCAAAGCAGCUGCAUGACGAAAUGUUUCUGAGACACGGGCAGAAAAUGAUGCACUUCAACAACAGUUUAUCAGCUCUAUAUUUAACCCGACUCCAAACAGACGGAUCCAGUUUGUGAGCGGCAGAGCAGUAUAAGAGCUCAGUGCUGCUGGACACUUCAGAUCUUCACAGAUCUGACCGACACUCAGGACACGGACUGCUGUGAAACACAAGAUGGCUCAUUAUAAUCCAUCAGUAUCGUCUCCAUCAGACGAGGUCAAUCUGGGUGUGUCGGUCAAUCCUCAUGCCAAACCCACUGACUUUGACUUUCUGGCUGUGAUUGGUAAAGGAACAUUUGGGAAGGUGCUUUUAGCAAAACUGAAAGCAGAUGGAAAAUUCUAUGCAGUGAAAGUUUUGCAAAAGAAGGUUAUAUUGAAGAAAAAAGAGCAAAAGAAUAUAAUGGCAGAGAGGAACGUGCUGCUCAAGAGUCUGAAACACCCUUUUCUGGUCGGGCUGCACUACUCCUUUCAGACCGCGGAGAAGCUGUAUUUUGUCCUGGAUUACGUCAACGGUGGAGAGUUGUUCUAUCACCUGCAGAGAGAGCGGUGUUUCUCAGAGGCACGAGCUCGCUUCUACACGGCGGAGGUGGCCAGUGCCAUCGGAUACCUUCACUCUCUCAAUAUAGUUUACAGAGAUCUCAAGCCAGAAAACAUUCUGUUAGACCACCAGGGUCAUGUGGUGUUAACAGAUUUUGGCUUGUGCAAAGAAGGCAUAGAACCAGAAGGAACUACCACAACCUUCUGCGGCACUCCAGAGUAUCUGGCGCCUGAGAUCCUACGGAAAGAGCCGUAUGACCGCACGGUGGACUGGUGGUGUCUCGGAGCUGUGCUCUAUGAGAUGCUUUACAGCUUACCACCGUUCUACAGCCGGGACGUCUCUGAGAUGUACGACGGGAUCCUGCAUAAACCUCUGCAGCUGCCGCCGGGGAAGUCGCAGGCCUCGAGUCACCUGCUCUACGGACUCCUGCAGAAAGACCAGCAUCGCCGGAUAGGAGCCAUUGCUGAUUUUUUGGAGAUUAAAAAUCAUGUGUUCUUUGCCCCCAUUAACUGGGACGACCUCUACCACAAGCGAAUCACUCCUCCAUAUAACCCAAAUGUGAGAGGCCCAGCAGACCUUCAGCACAUUGACCCAGAGUUCACCAGAGAGACGGUGCCCAACUCUGUGGGCCGCACUCCAGAUCCCACCCCCAGCCUGGCCACCAGCAGCUCCAACGCCUUCAACGGCUUCUCAUACAUCUCUGGAGAGGACAGCUUCCUCUGAGGCGCGUCGACCGAGGAAGGCUUCUGUCACCUUCAGGUCACUGAGCGCAGGGUGUUUCUGGAUGCUGGAAAACACUGGACUGUGUUGAGGGCAAACGCUGCGAAGCAGGAACCUCAGCUGUCUGAUGAUGGGUUUUAAGAUGUUAUGCUCAUUUUGCAGUCAUAUUUCAUCAGUUUGCACACAUGUUCGUUGUGUAAGACUAAAGGACAUUGCCGGAGACAGAUUUGUUGAUUGCACCACUGGAAAAGCAGAUGUAGUUGCAAAAUCGGUAAAAGUCUAGAUUUCUGAUCUUGCUUGUCUUUUGGGGAUUGUGGAUCUGCAUGCCUUACUCUUGGCAACACCCUCAUCUAACGUUCUUCAUCUGAUUAUUGAAAAGCAUGGAAAAUUACACCUUUGCUUUGUAACGUUUUGUGCAAAACUUCAUGUAAUGCAAUGCUCUUCUGUUAUUAAAAAUGUCACAAUCAAAUCUUUUUUAUAUAUGAUCCAUGUGAAGAUAAUUUGACUGUGCUUUAUGAAAUAAUCUAUUAAUGCUCAGAAAGUCUUCAGAAAUGUGACAGUAUAAACGAGAAUAUGUUUUGUGUGCAAAAAAAAAAGAAUAAACAAACUUUUUCAACAA